GCUACACCGACUGGCGGGACUUCUUCACCUGCUAGAAAUAUUAGGAACGGAUUGUUUCCAGCCAUUGUCAGAUUAUUUUCAGGCACGGAAACGAACACAAGCCUUUAAAACAUGAUGGCAAGAAGCGGGAAAGACUCCCGAGGACUGAAAGACGACAUGGUUGUGUUCUCAAACGGGUGCCGGGAGGAGCCCUCAGGGGGGGACGGAGGACUCUCGGAGGCCGAGUCCAGUUCCAAGGGAACAGCAGCAGCGGUCAGCCCGCAGAAGUUCACCUUCAGCCCGGAGCCCAGCAUAGAGGACAUCCGCAGGAUGCAGGCCGACUUCACGGACGAGCGCGACUGGAAUAAGUUCCACCAGCCCCGCAACCUGCUCCUGGCCAUGGUCGGGGAGGUGGGCGAGGUGGCGGAGCUCUUCCAGUGGCGGGGAGAGGUGGCGGAGGGUCUGCCGGACUGGACCGAGUCCGAGCGGGAGCAGCUGGCGCACGAGCUGAGCGACGUGCUCAUCUACCUGGUGGAGCUGGCCGAGAAGUGCCGCGUGGACCUUCCCCAAGCGGUGCUGCGCAAGAUGGCGCUGAACCGACUCAAAUACCCCGCGAGCAAGGUGCACGGCUCGGCCAAGAAAUACACAGAGUACAAGGACUGAGAGCUGGAGGGAGCAGGGCAAAUAAAACCUAACGUUUUAUUUCCAGAGACUGACUGGACACAAGUCCGCUGUAAGAACCAGGCUCUUCCGGGUUCUGGCUCAGGCUCAGUUUCAGGGAAGAAGAUGUUUCUCCCUGAAGUUCAGGAGCUUUAAGAUUUGGGUUCAAAGGUGACUGUCUGGAUGAAACCGUCCACCAUAACACUGAGAGGGAUUGGCUCAUGUUUUUUUUUUUGUUUUUUUUUUUUUGUUUUUUUU